CAUUCGCUAGAAAAAAACACAGUUCUUACAAAUCCUUUCAGUCUUUCAGAUCCUUUUUCAGUCCUUCCUCUUGAGAAAUACAUACAAAAUCAUGGGUUUCCGUUUACCCAGAAUUAUUCAGGCCAGCAAGCAAAAUCUUCAACGUACUUCAAGUAGUGCUAGUUCAAGCCAAGCAGCGUCGAAGGCCAUAGAUGUUCCAAAAGGCUAUUUCCCAGUGUAUGUUGGGGAGAGCCAAAAGAAACGGUUUGUGGUUCCAAUAUCUUACUUGAGCCAGCCUUCAUUCCAAGACUUACUAAUUCAAGCUGAGGAAGAAUAUGGAUAUAAUCAUCCUUUGGGUGCUCUCACAAUCCCCUGCAGAGAAGAUAUCUUCCUUGAUCUCACUUCUCGCUUAAGUGGAUCAUGAGAGUGGAGAAUAGCAUAUAUCACUCAACCAAAAACGCCAUUCAUCAUUCUUUUGAUAUCACCCUUUCAUCCUCCUCAGACUAUGUCAGUUGAUGUCACACAAGGGAAUCAUUGUUAAAGGCUGGAUGAUGAAUAGAAUUUCUCAUCACUGCAGUUUUGAGUACUCACAGUGCCUAAAGAUGUACCAAAGGCUGCCCAACUGCAUAUGCAAGAGAUUUCUGAUCCAAGCUCAUUUCAGAAUCUGCCAAGUCAGAACCUUUGACUUCUGUGGCUUCAAUUGCAUGAGACUGAAGGGGAAACAUGCAAAGAUAUUUGCUUUAAAAUGCAGUCUCUCCAAUUUUGAAUGUAGAAGAGGACAAAGCGUGUGUUGUUGUGGCUUGAUGUAUUUCCUCUCUGUUCCUUCUCUAUGUAUAAAAUCGAGAACAAACAUAGCUUUAUCCUAAUCAAAUUUGCUCCUUCUCGUUCA